AGUCAACGGUAGCCUGUUAGUCACUCGCCAACGGUAACUCGAAGUAAGUUGCUUCAGUUACGUACCUGCUCAACUGCGUAGAUUCUAAUAUUACCGAGAAGACAUGGCAACCACCGCGAUGCUUAGCAGAGACGUGGCCGACAUCGAGAAUCUUCUGAGGCUGAACCCGAAGGCAAAACCGUUCGCGAAUUUGGUCCCCUCGGCCCAGACAAAGGAGAAUAAGAAGAAGUGGAAGAGGAACGUCAACGAAAAAUGCAGCAACUGUCCACCGUUGACGAAGAACUUCGACGACAUCAAGCACACCACGCUGAGCGAACGCGGCGCGUUGAAGGAAGCCGCGCGAUGCCUGAAAUGCACCGAUGCACCCUGCCAGAAGUCCUGCCCCACGCAACUGGACAUCAAGUCCUUCAUCACCUCCAUAUCCAACAAGAAUUACUAUGGAGCAGCGAAGGCGAUUCUUUCGGACAAUCCCCUAGGAUUGACCUGCGGCAUGGUUUGCCCUACAAGCGACCUCUGCGUGGGCGGCUGUAACCUGCACGCGUCCGAGGAGGGCCCCAUCAACAUCGGCGGCCUUCAGCAAUUUGCUACCGAUAUCUUCAAACAAAUGAGCAUACCCCAAACGCGGAUCCCGGGACAGAAGGUCGCGCAUGCAGACACAAAGAUUGCAUUGCUGGGCUGCGGUCCGGCUUCGUUGUCUUGCGCUACAUUCCUCGCCCGAUUAGGCUACGACGACAUCACGAUCUUCGAGAAGGAGUGUUACAUCGGUGGCCUUAGCUCUUCAGAGAUUCCGCAGUAUCGGUUGCCGUACGAGGUCGUCAACUUCGAGGUCGACCUCGUGAAGGAUCUAGGCGUGAAGAUCGAGCUGGGCAGAGCUCUCUCUGAGAGCGAUCUAACGAUACAGGGUCUUCAAGAUGACGGGUACAAAGCCAUCUUCCUGGGAAUUGGACUUCCCGAAGCAAAAACCAUCCCGAUUUUCGCGGACCUCACCGCAGAAAUGGGAUUCUUCACGUCGAAGAGCUUCCUGCCGAAGGUGGCGGAGGGUAGCAAGCCUGGACUGUGUCAAUGUAAAAGUAAAAAGUUGCCUUCUCUUCAUGGCAACGUUGUGGUUCUCGGUGCCGGCGAUACGGCAUUCGAUUGCGCCACUUCCGCGCUGCGAUGCGGCGCCAGGAAAGUCUACGUUGUGUUCAGGAAGGGGUUCACGAACGUGCGAGCUGUUCCUGAAGAGCUCGAAUUAGCGAAGCUAGAGAAAUGCGAGUUCAUUCCCUUCCAAUCUCCGAGGAAAGUGAUCACUCGCAGCGGGAAGAUAGUUGCGAUAGAGUUCUGUCGAACAGAGGAAACUGAGAACGGCGAGUGGGUGGAGGACGAGGAUCAGGUGUGCAGGUUGAAAGCAGACUUCGUCGUGUCGGCUUUCGGAUCGGGACUGCAGGAUUCCGGUGUGAUGAAGGCGAUGGCACCGGUUAAACUGAACAAGUGGAACCUACCGGAAGUCGACCGAGAGAACACGAGGACUUCUGUUCCAGGAGUCUUCUGCGGUGGAGACCUCGCAGGCGUUGCAAACACCACCGUGGAAUCCGUGAACGAUGGAAAGACGGCAGCUUGGUACAUUCACAAGUUCAUCCAGAAUUCCCACAAUCUGGAUGUGCCCGAGAAUCCUCAACUGCCCAAGUUUCACACCCCGAUCGACGAUGUUGACCUGUCGGUCGAGUCUUGCGGCAUGAAGUUCGAGAACCCUUUCGGCCUUGCUUCUGCGCCACCUUGCACCUCCAGCGCCAUGAUCAGGCGAGCUUUUGAAGCUGGUUGGGGUUUCACCGUCACGAAGACAUUCGCUUUGGACCAGGAUCUUGUCACGAACGUAUCGCCGAGAAUAAUCAAGGGCACAACCUCUCGCCACCAUUAUGGUCCCGAGCAAGGCAGCUUCCUGAACAUCGAACUGAUAUCCGAAAAGACGGCAGCUUACUGGUGCCAGAGCAUUACAGAGCUAAAAAAGGACUUCCCGACCAAGAUCGUCAUAGCUAGCAUCAUGUGCACCUACAACAGAGCACACUGGACGGAGCUCGCUCAGAAGGCUGAAGCUGCAGGAUCGGACGCUUUGGAAUUGAAUCUGUCUUGCCCGCACGGAAUGGGAGAGUCUGGUAUGGGACUGGCUUGCGGACAGGAUCCCGAAUUGGUGAGGAAUAUCUCAAGAUGGGUACGAGAUGCUGUGAAGAUACCGUUCUUCGUCAAACUAACUCCAAACAUAACCGACAUAGUCUCUAUCGCGAAAGCAGCCUACGAAGGCCACGCUGACGGAGUGUCCGCUAUAAACACGGUGUCUGGUCUAAUGGGUCUGAAUGCUGAUGGCAUCCCUUGGCCAGCCGUUGGCGUCCAUAAAGCUACCACUUACGGGGGCAUGUCGGGAAACUCGACGAGACCUCAAGCUUUGAGAGCAGUGUCUAGCAUCGCUCAGAAUCUUCCCGGGUUUCCCAUACUCGGCAUCGGUGGUAUAGAUUCCGCGGACGUUGCUCUUCAGUUCCUCCAUUGCGGUGCCUCGGUCCUCCAGGUCUGCAGCGCUAUACAAAAUCAAGAUUUCACCUUGAUCGACGAUUAUGUGACUGGUUUGCAAACAUUGCUGUACCUGAAGAGUCUGGGACAAGUGAAAGACUGGGACGGACAGAGUCCGGCGACAUUUAAACACCAAAAAGGAAAACCAGUUUCUCUGCAGCAUGCCCUCGGCAAGAAUGUGCCUUACUUCGGGGAGUACCAAAAGCUUCGCGAGCAAAAGAUCGCCGAGAUCAAAGCGAAUUCGAAUCCUCUAGAUCGACCUGUCGCGAUCACAAGACCGGCCCCGAAUCCAAUUGCACCUAUACCGUCUCUGAAAGACGUGAUUGGUAAAGCUGUGAGCCGCAUCGGAUCGUUCAAACAGUUGGACACCAAACAUCAAGUGGUCGCAUUGAUAGACGAUGAUAUGUGUAUAAAUUGUGGGAAAUGUUACAUGGCUUGCGCCGAUUCCGGCUAUCAAGCGAUUCAUUUCGAUCCAGACACUCACAUUCCGAAAGUGACCGACGACUGCACUGGCUGCACUCUGUGUCUCUCAGUAUGUCCCAUCAUCGAUUGCAUAACGAUGGUUCCUAAAACGAUACCUCACGUGAUCAAACGGGGAAUACCGCCGAAGGGCGCAUUCGAAAUUCCAAUUUAAGAAGAGCAUGCUUCCUGAUGUUGGUGGAUUAACAGAUACAGGUAACAGUUGGUGAUUUAACAUCGUACAAAUUACUCUGUAAUCUUUAUUGUUAUAUAAUACUAACUAUUGUAUAACUGUAUACCUAAGAAUAUUAAAUUACUUUGAACGUUAUUACAUAUUA